AUGAGCUCCUCCGUCUGCCCCUCCCCGCCCGCCUCGCCCCUGACGGCCACCCCGCCGGCAGAACGCAGAGACCCGUUCCGGAGCAUCAUCAAGCCCUUCCUCCGCCGAGGCACCUCCACCACCUUCGACGCCAUCAAAGACCACCUCAGACUCAACAGCACCGUCCCCAAACCACCCCCACCCCCACCACCCCAGCCACCCCGCUCAUCCCCAUCCAGAAUCAGCGCCAGACAGCCACAGCCCAGCACCAGCUCAUCAGCAAGCCUGCCCCAGCAAACCCACACACGCCAGAAGAUCUCCCGCGCCCGCCAGGCAGCCACCCUCAAACUACAUGCACUCUCCGCACUCUCCUCACGGGCCAAGCAGUCAACGGCCACCUCCUCAAACAGCUCCCAAACCGAAAACUCAUCCCUCAUCGACCUCGACAUCCGCCCGGCCAGCUCGAUCGUCUCCAUGACGAGCUCCAUCCACUCCCUCCUCACCCAGCCCGCACUCGUCACCCUGGCCCAACUAGCACCCGCCCAGCUGCUCUCCGGCGUACACUCAAGCUGCUUCGGAUCCUCUGACGCAUUCAGGAUAUUCGACGAGCACCUCCCCACCACCAUCGAACAGCUCAGCGCAUCCUCCAUCGCCCUGCCCAUCACUUCCAUCUCCAGCAUCUGGAGACUCCUGAACUGCAUCGAAUGGAUCAACCUCAAAGAACGCCAGCUGAUCACCGAUGACCCCAACCCAAAGAUCAGCUACCACGCUUACUCAACCCACACCCCAACACUCACCCCUAGCUCAUCACAACAACAACAACAAGAACAACAAACUCACAACCAUCUCUCCCAGGGCCUCGGAAGCUUCGAUCUUGCAAACACCUUACAGCACGUCGGGGACAUCCUCUCAGCCAUCAGCUCCGAAUCCCAGAUCGAGAUCGUCUUCUACCACAUCUUCUAUCCCCCCCGCCCAGAGCCUGCCGAACUAGACCUCCUCAAUGCUGCACGUGAACACGACCAACUCCCCGAUCACCACCACUUCUCAUCCUCAUCCUCCGAACACGCCCCCACCCGGAACUCAUCAACCGACCAAGCCACCCGAACCAACAUCGAUCCCUCCCCCGAGACCCCCAACCCCUUCCUGGGCGCCGGUGCAGACGGAGAGGGCGGCCUCCGAGAGAUCUCCGUCAAGGCUGACGAGAAGGGGCUGAUCAUCGGCCUGACCUGCUUACUCAGACAGAUCCUCUAUCGCGCCAAACGCUCGAGCACCAUCGAAGUCGGGCUUCAUCUCACCCCGCUAUACUCUCAAGCACCCUCCCAGCCUCAUCAAGCAGCCGACGAGAAGCGCGAUCCUACCCCACAGGAGGACCCCUCUCUGCCUGAUGGCUCGGUCUGCACGAGCUGGAAAUGCGUCUUCGACGUCUCUCUCAUGCCCCCCCCGUCCCCCAGAUCAGCAUCUCCACAAACGAUCCACGACACCCAGAACAAUCCACACCUACCAGCAAACGGAGUCGCCCAUCAUCCCACGGACCUCCAAAACAUCGAUCCCGAGGCCGACCGCCGCGCCUCGAUCGGAGCCCAGCUUCGUGCAUCCGCCACCCUUGCCCGGCUGCGCAUGUCCUCCAAUCUGACCUCCGAACUCCCGCUGUGCCCAGAGGAAUCACUCUCGAAAAUCAUCUUUGAGAAGCUCUUGGGCAUGAAGCUCAGUACCGGUAGACUGACCUCGAGCGGCCACAGCUGGAAAGUCACCGGGAUCUUUGGCAAAGGGAUCGGCCGUGAAUCUGAGGAAACUGAUACGGCCUCUCGAAAGUCGUACGCUGGUCAUUCUCAGGCUUCUGUCUCUGCCCUUGCCGCCGUCACUCCAAGCAGGGAACCUACUGCGGAUGAGCUAACCAAGUUUGCGGAGACAGCGCUGAAAGGAAAGAAGGCCGUCUUCUUCGCUGCCGAGCAGAGUAUCUUUGCCAAACACAUCACCACGUAUCUGACCAGCUGGAAUAUCGAUGUCUCCCACAUGCCGUACGAGAAAAGCGAACAUGAUCUGGCCAACAACGCAUCGGCUGCGCACCAGACUGUCACGGAGACAUCUGCAGGAGUCGUCGGGGCAAGUGCCGCUGAAAAAACAGCCCAAUCUGCUGCAGCCGCACCUCCCCCGAUCGCUAGCAGCAGAUCCAUCCGAUCUAACAAUUUCAUCAUCAUUGACGAUGACCUUACGACCUUGAAAGCACAGUUAGUCAAGCUGAAAGCCUCGCCCGCCAGUUUGCUUCACCUCUCGGCCAACGUCCUACCCAAUCACCCAUCCCAGCGCCCACUCAUGUCUCGUCGAGUCAAAUCCUCCACUCAAAUCGAGCGGUUCGAGCCACCCCCCAAACCGAUCCACACCUCUGUCAUCCAUUUCACUAGUAUCUCCAACUUCAGGAAAGUUCAAGAUAUCGUGCGCAAGCAUCUUAAUGGGGUCCAGUGGGCCUCCAUCCCCGAUAUUCUCGUCAUCCCCAAGCCGAUCGGACCCCGCAGAAUUCUGACCGCUCUACACACCGCACUCAGUCGACCUAUCACCGAGCCUCAAUUUGUCCCAAUCGCCACUUCACCCUCCAGCCCUGGUACACCCCACUACCUCAACUCGACCUCUCAUCCCCUGGGCAGCAGUCAACUAGGUAGGCCUAGCCCAGCCAACUACCUCGGCGUGACCGACUUCGAUACAGCUGCCGAAAAUCACCUCAAGAAUGAGGCAAACCAGGGCAAUGAAAACUCAAGCCUGGCUCGGCAACCAUCCAUCCAAAACCUGACUCCACCCGGCUUACGCACUCCUGGUACUGCCCCGGGGACACCUGGUGUGCCCUCGCCGGCCUUGCUCUCCAACGAAGCUCUCGAGUACUUUUCCAAAGCUGCAACCGAGAACGGAGGCAGCUCGAGUACGGGUGUGGUCUUACAAUCGCCCGAUGGCCGACCUCAAGCGAUGUUUUUCCACCACUCUGGGUCUUCCAAUCGGCUGAGAAACGAGCUGUUCAAUCACUCGAUCCAUGGCGCUCUCCAAAGCUCCCACACGAGCGGAUUAACCAGUAGCAAACUGAAGCUCGAGGGACGAAACAGCUCCAGUCGGCCGAUGCUCCGCGAAAUGAUCAGUGCUGACCCUAAUAAUUCCGAGCCCAUGACGCUCGCCCAGCAGGUCAUGGCUAGUGCUGAGGGCUCAGCUAGGACCCGCUCGCCCUCGUCCCUCUCAAACGCCGGCUCGAAUGAUCCAACCACCAAGAGUGAGACCUCUACUCUCUCGAACCAGAACCAGAACCAGAACCAGACCCAGACCCAGACCCAGAAUCCACUUGGUCAAUCAGCUCGAAGUAACAACCUGAGCACCACCACCAUCUUGGGAGACCCGCCCGAUACUGCGUUCCCGCACGCGAUCGCACUGGCUCAAUACGAAGCGAUUUCGCCCCGGACGCCUUCGCUCCCGUUUCCAGAAGGCCUGUAUGCGGCCAACCAACAGCGGCAAAGCUCGGGCUCAUCGCUCCAGUCGGCGGUCCAAACGCCGUCGCCGAGCACGGCGCCGGUGACGCCGAAUGUGGUCCAGACGGGGCUGACACCAUUGACGAAAGAGCAGCAACAAAUCCUGCUGAAUCCGCGCCCAUUGCCCAUGCUCAGGAUGCCCUCUAUCCCCGCCAACCUGCCCACGUCGAUCUCCGUCACGCUGCCCUCCCCGCGUCGGCGCCCGAUGGCCUCCAACAACAACAACAACAACAACGAACCCCUGUCGCUCGCCAAGUCGCGCUCCUCCCAGAACUCGCCCCCCAUCCUCACCCAUCGGCCCCCCCUCGUCGCUGCCCCACCCGACGAGCCCAAUAGCAAGACCUCCUCGUCCGGCUUGGGCAUCAACGAGAUCCCCGGCGUCGCCCUCUCCAAAUCCGUCAGCGCUUUGGCCGCUAAUAAUAGGAGGAGAGCCUCCGUAGGCGACUCGAUGAUGGCUAAUCGGCUCGGAAGGAGAAGGGUCUCCAGGAAACCGACCACGGCGCUUGUCCCGCCGAUCAACGUCCUCAUCGUCGAAGAUAACAGGAUCAAUCAGACUAUCCUCACCACCUUUAUGCGCAAAAAGUCUGUCAAAUUCGACGUCGCUAUGAACGGUCAAGAAGCGGUCGAUAAAUGGAGGACUGGGAGCUUCCAUCUCGUCCUGAUGGAUUUGCAAUUACCGGUGAAGGAUGGGAUCGAGGCCACGAAGGAGAUCAGAGAAGCCGAGCGGUCGGUGAACAUCAAUGCGUUUGCGAAUACGCCACCCGCGGUAGGAGGGAACACGCCGCCGUCGCUGGUGGUGCCGAACACGACGACGGGGCGGAUGACGCCACACAAUGUGUCAGUGAUCAUAGUGGCCUUGACGGCCUCGUCGUUGGAUGUGGAUCGGGAGGUCGCCCUGGCGGCGGGCUGCAACGAUUUCCUGACGAAGCCGGUCUCGCUAGCUUGGCUGGAGAAGAAGCUGUUGGAGUGGGGAUCCAUGGCCUGGCUCUCGGCCAACUCGACCUCGGCGCCCGGAUUCGGUCCCGGCCCCGUCGGCGAGAAGCCUAUUCUGUCCUUCACGGGCUCGCUCGCUCAGAGGAAGGCUAAGGAAGUCGCCGACCAUCUCUAUCUGAGCUCCGACAAGGCCCGCGGAACCCAGCUGCGCGAAAAGGCCCGCUUGGGCGAGCCUUCCUCGCUUCCCGACCCGAGCUCGUCGGCCCGAGACUCGCUCGAGCACGCCAGCGAGCGUUCCGGGACGGAGGACGAGGGCCGCCUGCCGAAGCGCGCCGAAGCGCCCGGCGGCGAGGCCGGAGACCCGCCGCCUGAGGUCUCUCCCCGCCCGUCGACCAUUCACGGCGACACGCCCUUGAGCCCUGCCCUCGAUCCUGACACGUCACAGGACGCCCCAGCCACUACGGACUAG